AUGUCGCUUUUGAAUGAGAAACUGGGGUCUGCAAAAGGUGUACAAGAAUCUGACGAGUGGAUCAAAAUCAGGGAAAGCCGGACGAAACAAGCUAUAGAGGAUGAUGACUUGGAAGGACUAAGGAAGAUAUCUGCUUUACCAGGUGGUUUCGGAAGUGAAGGCAUGAGGAAGAAAGCCUGGUCAACGUUACUCCGCACUCACCGCCUAGAUCCACACGUUGAACAUGAAGGUUUAGUAGACAAGGUAGUCCGUGAUGCAUCUCCAGAUCAAGCAGCCAGUGCUUUCACACCAUCCCUGUCCAGUGGAGAGAGUAGUUGUGAUGCUGGACCAUCGGAACUCAAAGCACACCCAAAUGAAAGGCAAGUCAAAUUGGAUACAGAUAGGUCUUUCGUCACAUUUCCAAAAGGGCUACCGGCUCAGAAUAAGCUUGAUCUUCAGGCUGAUUUGAACAAUCUGAUUAUUGGUGUACUGAGAAAAUACCCCGCUUUAAGUUAUUUCCAGGGUUAUCAUGAUAUCCUCUCAGUCCUUUAUCUUACAUUCAUACCUCCCAAACCUAUAGCCACACGAUCAAGAUCGUCAUCUCGUAGUAGAAUACGUAAGAUCAGAAGCAUGCAAUCUACUCACGAGCCAUGCUCAAUUCCUGUCGAGUCAUCAGAGACUCGAGUCCUAGAUGAGCAGACAAAGAUGGAUGUUACAGGGAUUGAUCAAGAUGUUGAUGAGAACACGAACAAGCCUCUAGGAGACCAACCUUCCGCUUAUGAAUCGUCCAAUCGGGAUUCGGAGGACUGGCGAGAAGUGAGAAAAUGCGCAGAAAUGAUCAGUCUGAAUAGGGUGAGAGAUGCAAUGGGUUCAGGAAUGGAAGGGAUGAUGGGUUUACUGAGGAUAUUGAAACGGAUUUUAAAAGCUGCGGAUCCUGAAUUAUCUGAAUUUUCAGCUAAGAUCUCACCUGUACCGACAUUACCGUUCUUCGCUUUGUCAUGGGUGUUAACGCUUUUCUCUCAUGAUUGCGAUCAUCUAUCACCGAUACAAAGAAUGUUCGAUUACCUUUUAGCUAGAAAUCCGAUUUCAGCCGUCUAUCUAGCUGCUGCUAUCUUGAUUUCUAAGAAACCGCAGAUGUUGGAACUUGCUCGUCAACUAGGUGAAGAAUAUAUCGAUGAUCCAACGUUACUUCAUCCACUCUUCGUUAGAUUACCACCUUUAUACCCAGAUACACCAUCAAAUCCAGAACCGCCUGUGCCUUCCGUUCCCAGCCCAAUCACUGAAUCUGCGCGGAAAAUCAAGGAAUUCCAUGACGAUACGCCAAACCCAUACAAACCCAUUAAAUUGAGUCAGUUGUUUCAGCUAACGGAUGAUCUGAUGGAACAAUUUCCCUGGGAUGGGGAGAUCAUAAAAGGGAAAGAAAUAAUGGGUGAAGGAAGCGUAGUUUACACCUAUUCGAAAGAAUCAGAUGAAACUCGGACACCUGAAACAAUGUUAGACAUGAUAGAUAGAGAAGUGGUCAGACCAGGUGCAGGUACAGCUAUAGAUGAUGAUGAUGAAGAAGAGAGAAGACCGAUAACCCACAGAAGAAAAUCACCUAUCAGAUUACCCAGAAACAAAGUCAAAACGAUACUUGCUGUUGGUAUUGUUGUGGUAGGAAUCGGAAUGGCAUUCUAUGGCUUCAAGGCAGGAGGUAAUGAGGCUAGUUGGACAAGAUGGUGGAAAUUCAUCAUGAUGGGCUGGAUAGGGAAAGAAGCCAAACGAACGGAAGGAUAUUUAGGGAAACUGAUCGGGUAUUUACGAAAAUCUCUCAAAGACGUCUUGUGA